AGUUGCAGAGGGCGCAUGAUAAGUCUGUUCUUUUUACCCUGAACUGGCUGCACUAGUUCAGAAUUUAUCCUUCUUUUUCCAACGUAGAGUAAAGAAGAUAAACUCUGAACUAGCGCGGCCCUAGUUCAGGUAAAAAGAACAGACCUGAUAUGUUUUUUUUUUUUCGCAAAGCAGCAGUCGUGUCCAAUAUGGCGUGCGUGUUGUGAGCGAUGUUAAUGUGCAGGUAAGCUUGGUGCGUGCGUAACGCGUACGGCUGUUAGCGAUUGGCUCUCCGAUCGGGAUGAGACGAAGCGUCUUCUCGCGCUGACAAUAUUGGCAUAUGUGCGCGAUCACGCGCUGUCACGGGCAUUAUUAUUUAUGAUAACGCGGUUGGUGCGCGAUAUAUCCGGGGAACCCGUGCGUGUCAGUCGUAGAACCUUUCAAGGUCCAAGCCGCAAGGUAGUUUCCUGCUCUAAUAUAAAUAUCUGGACACAUCUCGGUGGAUAAAGAGAAUUAUGUAAUCAAAACAAAAUAAUGUACAAUGAACUACAGUGGAAAUAUGCCGGAUUGGCAUCAGUAUAAUCCCCAACAAUCUGGAAUAAACAACAUAACAUCUACUGCUCAAAAUGUCAAUUCUGGACACUUAUCUUUCAUUUCCAGUAUUAGUCCCACCUGUCCGACACAGCUGAAUAUCAGCUCAGAGGGAUUGGAGAAGCAUCAGAACGAUCCUAAUUUUAAUCCAAGACAUUUUCAGCCACAUAUAUCGAGUAACAUUACACACGGCCACAAUGCCACCGACAAUACUCCAUUGGCGUCAAUGGUACAAAUGCAAAACUGCAUUGGCCACUACGGAUCCUCGAAUACGAGAAAUCCCAUGGUGGAUAAUCUAAAUGGUCCUAUGGAUCCAAGAAACACCGCGAUAAGUAAUCUAAACGAUGAACUGAGCUAUAGAAACAAUCAGGUGCCUUUAAACGGGCCUAUAUCACAUCUGAAUGGACCGAAUAUGAUGAAUAUGAACGCGUCUCACGCGUCCAUGCAACGAAACACCAAUGUUAAUUCGCACACCAACAGAACAGGUCCGCCACCGUCUUUCGUUCCUUGCAAGGGAUUGUGUUGCAAUCCAGAUCCGAACAUAAGCUACCAACAGUGGGAAAAGUAUUGCUCCUAUCAGAACAACACAGCUUACAGAGAAAAUAUUCGCUCGUCCGCCGGUUAUCAAACCGAUACUCGACGAGCGUUCGGAACUGACUUCAGCUUUAGGAAGGAUAAUUUCGACGGCAAGGAAGUUCUGCCGCCUAUAGUACCACCACCCAAUGCGCCUAAUACGGAUCAUCGGAGGAACCUCACCGAUUUCAAAUAUCGCAAGGACCGUCUGAUGCGUAACUAUCCGUCUUCGUCGAGCAUGUUGCAGAACUAUCCUGUGCAGAAUUAUAAUUACAACGCAGGGGACUAUCAGAAGUAUCCUUACAACAUUAAAGAUUAUUCUAAGGUAAGCGGUAUGAACGUGCCGCCGAGUCAGACAAUGGUGAAACAUCAGGAGCAAGGUUUCGCAAUGCCGCAACAAAAGUACAACAGCAAACAAGUAGCGUAUCAGAGCAACGCCGGUGUGAUGCCGGGCAGCAUGCCGUCCACGAACGUUCCGAAUCCGAGUAUGAUUCCAUCCGCGCAGAAUAAUUACUUCAAUUCGCAGUAUCCGAGAAAUUUGCCGACGGACAUCACACACGACUGUCAAGAGACUGCCGAUAACGUAUCCAUGGUUAACAGAAUGCAGGCGUCGAGCGUGCACGCACCUUCGCGGUAUCAGAUGUAUCAACAGAAGAUAGCUAUGCAGAAAUUCUCGAUGGAAAACGAUCUCAGGGAGUUGUCGAGAAUACCCGGAUAUCAGUCGCACCCAAAGUACAAGGAAUAUAUUCAGAAGUAUAGGGAAAUAUUGAAGUUGCAACAGUCUGUCACGUAUCAAGGCCAGAUGCAGCAGACCUCUUCGUGCGUUGCCGCUACGUCAAACGCCACCACAACUACCGUCCCGUCUAUAAAUCUGCAAUUUGAUCAAAAUGGCGUUUUGAUCAAUUCCAACUACAUACCCGAGGCUUUCUCCAGAAUGCAACAAGUUAUGAAUACGCAAGCGCCGAUGGACGUCUCGAUGGACAAGCAAGGCAACAAACCGGACGGCAACAAUGUUCCCGAAAUGGCGAGCCACAACGUUCAGAAACAACCGGAACAGUUGGUUUCGCAACAGCACGUAGGUCACGCGAUAACUAUGUGCCCGGACGGUGUUCAGAAGCAGGAUCGAUAUCCCGCUCAAAAAGGUCUCGAUCAGAAUCAAUUCGAAGUGCAAAAACCAACUGGAGGCAGCGAGAGCUUCGGUAAUCUGGACGCGAGCGCGAGCGAAGCGGUUGUGCAGCACAAAAUGACCAAAGAAUUUCCCGACAAGCCGGAGUUGGAUGUGCGACAAUUUCUGGCCAAUUGGGACGAAUCCGAGGACGAGGAUGGCACGAGCACCGCCUUGCCUCACGCUGUUCUGACCGACUCGACACCUGUUGUGGUCGUGGGUUACGAGAACGUGAACCUGUCGACGAAAACGUUGGAAGGUCUGGAGGUUUCCAAACCGGAAGAGAUAGCCUCGGGUGUUAUAACGUUCGAGAGUCAGGAUAAGACCAACGCGGGCGUGUUACCCGCGCAGGACUGUCUGACGAUAUCGUACUCGACCGCGGAGAAUGUCGAGAUCGCGAAAGAUCCCGCCUGCAAGAAUAUAACAAAAGAGGGUAUUGUGCGAACUGGCGGUCACAUCAUACAGUGCAUCAGCAACGGGCCUGACGAGGUGCCGACCAUACACAUAGUCGACAAUCUGGAAAUAGGCAGCAUCUUGCAGGUGACCAACGGCCAGGUCGGCGAAGCUUUGGAGAGACAAAACGCGUUCUUUCAAGAGGGAACGGAGACCGAGACGGGUCCGGGCGCGAUAACGCUCGAAACCGACAAACUCAAGACGGGUAACAACAACGAAUCGGCUAACGCGACCGAAUACAACAACGAUAACGACAAAACUUCGAACAAAGAGAAAUACAUCGUCGAAAGUCCAUCUCCCGUUGAAGCAGCGGAGACUACGUCACAGCAAACGUCACAGGCAAAUGUUCAAAAGAUGGUUACAUUAUCUGGAUCUAUGAAAGACAAUUCGGAUCCUGCUCAGGAUAUGAAUCUGAAGAAGCAGAGCAGUUUCACGAGCGAGGAAUCUCACAAUCCGGACGACAUCAGUUUGCCGGACUUGCCCACGUCGGAAUGCACGCCGAUCUCGACCACGCUGAACACUCCCAUUCAUUCCGACAACGAGGAGUCGUCGGAACGGGUUCAGGAUCUCACGAUAUCGACGAAUCCGAUAGAAAUUAUGCAGAACAGUCCCAUAAUCAGUUUCACGCAGUCGUCAGCGAAGGAAGGUCUCUACGAUCACUUGAGCGAGGAGAAAACCGCGAAGAUCAAGUCGUCGACUGGUCCGUUGGGUGACGAUGACGAAUAUCGAGGAGAGAAUCGAUUUAAGAACGACGAGAGCAGCAACAACGCGCUCGAUCGGGACGCUGUGCUCGAUACGUUUGAAUUUUCUACGAGCAACGACAAAAACAAUUGCGCCACGAAAACUGGCGGCGCGCAUUACGCGCGCGGAGACGUCGCGAAUACUAAUGAGAAAACGUUUUCUCUGGACGACGAAAUGAAAACCAACAGCGAGGUCGCGGAUAUGCGCGUGACUUUGACUUCCGGCGAAUAUGAAUUGCAGAUCGUGUCGGCGUCGACAAUCACGUCCGCGUUGAAAAAUUAUAAAAAUACAACAACGAACAACGACAAGUGCGUCGAUGAAUCUCAAAUUGACGUGACGCAUCGCGACGCUUCGUUAAUUCGGAUGAAUUCGCAAACACUUUCCGAAGCGAGCUCGAAAGUUAGCAAAUUUCGUUACAGCGACUCGAUCGAAUUGGAAAACGCGUUGCAGAACAUAACGAGCAAUUCGAAUCCCGCGGAACUGGACGGCAACGAGAGCGAAAUAAUAUAUUCCGAAAAAUGUAUUCCGACGGAAAUGACUCGUCAAACAAAUCCGAACGCGAUAAGCUUAUCGUCGUCGACGAACAACAAAACCGCGGGAAAUUCCAGAACUCAGGGAGAUAGUUGUUCGACGAAAAGUUAUGAAAGUGAUCUAUUAACGACGCCGACGAGUCGUAACGCAAAACAUUCGACUUUAAACGGCGAUAAGAUAAAACAAUACGAUGCGUCUGCGAGCGAUAAAUUUUCGAGGGAGGAAGAUUCUCUUUCGAAGAAAGACGUUAACAAAUCGGCGAACGUUGAAAAUGCGAAAUUCGAUUCGAAACAAUUUCGACACUUGAAGCGCGACGAUUCCAAGAAGUCGAAGGAUCAAGCGGAUGUUGUUUUCGCCAAUAAAAGAUGUGUGUCCGACAAGACGGAAAAUCUCGGUGAAAAAAUACGUCGCAACAAACUUGGUCAAGAAUUGGAAUCGCGCAAGGACGUCGAAAUAGGAGUCGGGGGAUCCGAUUCGUCGCGCGACAACAAGCCAAAAGUGAUCGGUAACGUUCGCAUCGACGACGCCGCGGAAAGGAUGCGACUUCUGAAAGAGUACAGGAGAAUAAAGUCGAAACCAAGCGGCGGCGGCGGCGACGCUCAGACCAAAGACCCGCAAGAAGCGUCCGGCGAAUGUGCGGCGAGCAAGAAAUGUCAUCAUCCGUCAUCGAGUUUCAACGAACGAUCGGUCGUGUCGCGGUCGUCGAACGACAAACAUUUGUGUCAAAAAGAUACGAUAAUGCUCAAGGUGUCCGAUGAAGAGGAGAGGAAUCGCGCGAACGUUCUGAGAACAUUGGUGACGAAAAAUGUUAAUCCCGACGUCGCCAUUCAAGUUAGAAAUGUCAAUUUAAAACUCAAGGGUAACAAGGACAAUGAUCAGAAGGAAUCGCGUUAUUUCGGAGAUAAAGUAAAGAACAACAGUUCUCUCGAUGGGAUAAAGAUUGAGAUAAACGUCUCGUGCACGGAACGUAACACCACGGAGAAGCUGCUGCACGAGAAUAUCAAGAACGCUGUUGCCGAAACGAUCGGCCAUCUGACCGGUUCCAUAUCGAACGGGAGCGCCAGAUCCAACUCGAUGUGUAUAACAGAAAUUCCGUGCGACAAGAAGUUAAUUCGCGACAACGCGGACUGUCGCGAUUACGAGAGACACGGAAUCGAAUCCUCGUCAGCUUCAACGGAAGUUGAACCUGUGCGCAACAGCGUUGUCGAAGAUCAGAGCUGCACGGAGGAUGAGACGAAACACAAAUUGGCGACGCGCAAGGAAGGCGCAACAACGAGCGACGAAACGUCCACCUCGCUCAUCUCUAGGAAGAGACGAAGCCUAUCGUCGGAACAGAAGUCGAUGAGUGAGGACAACGGUAACAUCAACGCAAAAACCGAAUCGACGCCGAGUUGCUUGGAGAUGUCGAGAUCAGAGCAAGCGGCGGUCAGAAGAAAAAGCGUUCAUCAAGAUCCAGAAAGAAAGAUUACCAACUCCUGCGAAGAAUUGUUGAUCCCUUCGGACAGUUCAACGUCGAAAAAUGUACAAAAGAAGGAACAUCAAGAAAUGAUUCCUUCAUUUUGCAGAAGAAACUCCCAAGACGAUAUCGCGUCUCGUUUGAGCGCGAUUCCGUCAACUUCUUCGAGCGCGGCGAAUAUGGAAGUUGGCGCGUGCAACAAUGCUGCCGCGCAUUUCGAUUACGAUCACUUCGACGUUGCUCCGAACGAAAGCGAUGCGAUCGACACCAACGACAAGCGUGUCGCCGACAGAUGGAAACGAUCCAAGAGAGACGACGACAGAUUCGACAAGUUCGAUCAGUACAAAACCCCAAGCGGUUACGUGAAUCCAUCCUUCUUCAGCGCGGACAAGCUGGAGAAUCUCAAUACAGUUCCUGUUUACACUACCAAAGACGGAAAGAUAACUUACAGUCCUAAUCCCCGAUUUACUUAUCGCGAAUUACUCAAGGAGGCGCGAGCGAAAGAGGAUCGCCACACCCGCGAAUCGUAUUUCGCGAGAUCUUCGCUUUAUCACAAUUGUUUCAAAUUGCGAAAACUGUUCAAGAGAAGUCGCGACGAUAGAAAACGUGAGACCGACUGUUCCGUCGACGCUAAGCCGUCCGCGACGAAACACACCGAUUAUCCGAUUAUGUCUAAGAUUACCGCUCACAAAAGCGGUCAUUGCAAAUUUCGCGGCACGUCGCAUUUAGAAUUCUUCAACGACGACGCGGACAAAUUGUACACAAGCAAGAGCAGUCAGCAAGAAACCAAAGAAGGUAAUAGAAAAAAUAUCAUCGAUUUGAGCUUCCUCGAGAAACAAUACAACUUGGAUAGCGAAACCGCGUCCAGUUCGAAACAACACUUUAAGACGAAAGUGUUCGCGGACAAUUUGGAAUGCGGAAAGAGAUACGGCGAUAAUCUCUCCGUGUUCGAUUCAAAUUUGUUCUUGAGUCCAAGGGCCGGGUGCUGGGACGAGACCAUGGAAUCGAUCAAAUCUUACUCGUCUCACAUCGACAGGAGAAACAGCGAUAAUCUCAAAGAACUGAAUUUCAAUGAGAUAUUCGCCCAGAAACGUUUGGACACGUUCUCAUUUCUGUCCGCGGAACGAAGUAACGAAAAUCAUAGAACCGAUUUGAACGAACCGACGUUGCACCGCGACAGAUCGCAACCUUUGGUUCGCGACGACAAUUUGCAAUACGAACAAUCGAAUAUUAUUUCGCACGAGGAGCAAAACAAUGAAAACAACAAGAACGACGAUUCGAUGGUGGCAGAUGUUGAUGCCAAGUCAGCAACUGACGCGUCAUCAAUUCCGCAAGAAAACAACGAACGUACGGAAAAACGAAAGGAAUCUCAAUCUGAUGAAAUUCAACGUAGCGCGAUUUUAUUUGCCAAAGAGGCGAGACGAUCUCGUUCUCCCGAGAAUAUCGCGAAUGAGAAUAUUGAUUCGGAGAGAGAUCGGUGUCUUGCGGACAUCAACGACAAGAAUGAAGAUCGUCCGAUGGAAGAUGACGCGCGCGUUUGUUGCACUCCAAAGGAAAACAACGUCGAAGACGCGGAACAACGAGCUUCGGAUGAGAAUUCAAUCAAGGUUGCAAAUCCGUUCGAACCAAGCGCCGAUCCUAAAGAUUCGUUUGACGCAGAAGAAGAAUGUAAAAAGACAGCGGAACAAUCUGCGCUUGGUGUUCGCGAACAAGAUGACGAAAUCGGAGAUGAUGUCGCGAAAGAUGAUAAUUUAGAACCCGCGAUGAGUCGGGAAACUUUGUGCCAUGAAGUUACAGCUGCGAGCGAUUGCAAGAGCAAGGAAGAAGAUUUGUCCGAACCGAUUGUUUCAAACGAAAUUGAUCGGACGGAAUUGGAUAAAGAAAUCGACUCGCGUGAUAAGGAACAAACAAUUGUCUCGCAAAAUCUAGGUAACGUCGCGAAUCGAUCGCUCGACGAGGAAAGCAACGAGCAGCAACAAUCGCGAACGUUCGAAAACGAGAAACAGAUAACCAAGAUCUCGUUGAACGAUCGUGGAAACGAGAACCAACAAGCGGACAACAACUGCGAUUCCGCAAUAAUAUCCGGCAAACCGGUGAAUAUUGAGAACGUGUGCGAUUUGUUUGCUGAUGAGAAACGCGAGCAAAAUAUAUCGGAGUUCACUGUGGUCAAAAGUGUCAUCAAAUCCGACAAGAAGCAUUGUCAAGAAGAACUCGAACGAGAUAACAAUUCCAAAGAUCGGAACGACAGCCCGAUCGAUUCCAAGUUAUUGUGCAUGGACUCGUCCGAUUGCGGGAUAUUUACGGAAGACAGAUGUGCGAAUGAUCUGAUGCGCGAAUUCAACGAGGACGACAGCAUGGUGUUGAUGAAGUGGGAAACGAGUCGUAUUCAAGAGGACGCAGUCAAUCGUCUGUGCGGCAUUGACGACACGUCGAUCGAUUUCGUAGGCGUGACCACUUCGUUACAGGACAACUCGCUUUUGGACAAUUUGUCUAUUUCAAGAACACUGCAGAACACCGUCAAAGAACUUCGAGUUUCGGAAACGAUCGCCGAACUCGAAGAAGACAAAUCGAUUAACGACGAGGCGGUCGCGUCAGCGUUAGUAGAAAAACCGGUUGCGAUCGAAGUAUCGUCGGCAAUUGAAGAGUCCGAUAAAACACCGAACGACGACGAGGUCAGGAAUCAAGUUUCUUCCAGUAGCGGUUACGACAAAUUAACGUAUUUACGCGCGACAGAUUGCAACGCCAACACAAAGAUGGUUCCCAAACUUGUCAUAAAGAAAAACGAGGCCAGUUCGAAAUUCGUUACGAAGAUUAGUUCCUCCGCUCAGAUGGAUCACAAGUCAAUAUCGAGUCCCGGUCAUCAACCGAAAAUACCCAAGAUGAUUAUAAGAAACGCGAGUUCGCGUCCUGGCACGCCGUCGAUAGAAGCCGUUCGCGAUGACACUCAAACAAACAUCCAGGAUCGAAAUUUGCUCGCGAAUGAGGAACAGUACGGGAACGAAUCCGAGAGUUCUCUUCAGGACGUAGGUUACAGAAACAAGAUUCCCAAAAUGAAGAUCAAAUUGGAUGAGAAACACUCUAGUAAGAUAGUGAGAGCUGACGAGAGCGACGAGGAUAUUUGCGCGAGACGCAAAAACGCCAAGAAAACUAUACCAAAGAUGAGGAUAAAGAAUUCGUCGAGGACGGAUUUGUCGUCGGACGGUUCGGUUUGCAAAUCGUCGUCUCAGGAAUCUUCGAGAAGACACGAGGAAAAGAUACCGAUAUUGAAGCUGAGGAAGCAAGAGAGAAACAGAUCGUCGUCGCCGGAAUUGACGCGAAAAAGAUCGAGUUCGAGUAAUUCGGAAGUGCCGAGCAAAAAAUACAAGAAAGCGGGAGGACGCGACGAGACCGGUCAUUCCGCGAGACGUAGCAACUCGUCGGAUUCGAUACGAAGCGCCGAGGCGUCCGCCGAGGCAAAGAAGAAUCCCUUGGUUUGCAUAUCCGAGAAAAUUCCUAAAGUCAUUAUCAAGAGAACGUCGGCCAGCGCCGAAUUCAGAUGCGAACUGAGCAAGGAUUGCAAGAAGAUCAUAGCGAAGAGCGCCAAGUGGCAACCGGAAGUUAAACUGGAGAGAUAUCGAAGUCUGGACAGCAUGAUCAAGGAUUUGAAACUAACUCUGUCUCCCGUGUCGCUGCGAGCUGUAGAGAAGAUAUUUGCCAAUCGCAAGGACGAUCAUCGUCGGGAGGAGGAAGAUGAUCACAGAUUGUCCAGAUCGAGCUCGACGUCGAAUCUGAUUCCGGCUAAGCGCAACAAGCAGAGAAGAAUGUCGGAUUACGACUACAGAAAAAGCAGCGACGGCACGUUGAAACCCAAUCCCGCGUCGUCGUCGUGGAACGCGAAUUCCAACGACAAGACGUAUAUCUCGCCGAAGAAGAACGCGUCUUCGAAAAGCUGUGGCAAAUCGACCGACGAGUGCCAAAACAAGAACAAACCUCAAAGAUCAAGGUCUCGUGAUGACAAUUCGCAAACGGAAACGGAUGUCACUUCAUUUGACAACGACGGCAAUCGGUCGUUUAAAUUGACUCCGUCUGUUUCGCAACACGACGAACGCAAGAGCAGAAGCGAGCAGGUUACGAAAACGGAUACAACGAUCCCGAGCGAUCUUGGUCAGAAGAAUGUUUCUGCCGAACGUCCGAGUGAUUCGGCGAGUUUCAAAAUCGCGUCGAGGGAAACGUCCGGUGCGGAAAGCUGUUUCGUGAAAUUGCCUAAGGAGAUAUCUUCGGAAGGAGUCGAUCUGCGAAUCGACAAGAAGAAGAAGGAACAAGAUAACAAUUCUUUAUCGAGCAAAGAGAAGAGUAAAAUUGUGAUAAAGAAGGAGCGAUUGAGCAUCAGCGAUAUCGAUGACAACGACGACUGCACGUUGCAGAGCGAUGUUUGUUCGCUCAAAGACACUCCCGUUACGUUGGAGCAAGAAGACAAUUUCGAGACGGACAACACUGUCAUUAAAAUCGAAUCCUCGGACGAGAGUCAAUCGACGAUAGAAAUUCUUCCGGCUUCUCCGGACGACGAUCGUGACGAUCUGGAGGAUCACGUGAUCGAGGAUGGUGACAACGAGCAGUUGUACUCGGCCGAUGCGAUUCCGACCCAAUUCGAAUUGGAAUUGGAGAUCACGGACAACAGUAACAUCGAUCUGCUGGACGUACCCAUGCCGAAGCUCGAUCCUAUAUUGUGUCACGGUUCACGUCGCCAAUCCACCGAGGAGUCCGUCAACGAUCAAACUUGGAAAGCGGGGCGUUACAACAAAUCUGAAUCUUCGUUACGCAACAGGAAUUCAGUUGAAAGAGAAAAAUACACCGCGACCAUUGACGUUAAUGAAGAUGACAAAUCCACAUCGCACGACAAUCCGACUGGUUCUGUCAGAGACGUCUCGUCGAAAGCUCCGUGCGAGACAUCGGAUUUAAUCGCGACGAAGGAAAAUUUCUGCUGCAACGACUCGUUGGUAAAAGAAGUUCUGGCCGCUAAGGAGGCCUUGAAGAAGUGCCUUUCAUUAUCUAAAUGCGAAAGCGGUGCGAAGAGCACCGCCCCGAGACCGAAGACAGCCGCGGAGAAGAAACAGGGAUUGAGUUUUGAUCUCAACAGUCUUUCGGAUUCUAAAUCAAGCGAAGUUUCCCGGGGUUCUUGCAGCGACGUUGCGAGAAGUUGCAUAUCCGCGGCCAGUAAACCCAGCAGGAUUGAGACCACGUCUAACGUUGAGAAGAAGUCUGACAAGGAAUGUUCCAAACAAAGCAAAAGUUCCUUGGUAAGAAAAAAAUUGAAACCGCACGAAAAGAGCGAGAGAGCAGAUUCCAAAGAGAUGACGAAAAGGACGUGCGAGUACACCACGAUAUCCUUGAAGGCGGUUAAACGAUUUAGCCAAACCGCGUCGAACGAGAAUCGCGCUGUAAAUCAGAACGAGAAGAGAAAGCAAGAUACGGAGGACCAAACCCUGAGUGUUUCUCAGUCGCAAAAUAUAUCACAGAAGGAGAACAACAAGUUGUCGUCUUACAAAAUUCCCAAGAUAUCGAAAUCGACACAUCAGGAAAGCGAUGUUAGCGCUAACGCGAAGGAAAUUAAGACAACGAAGGAAGACAACAUGCCGAUAUUGGAACCCGAGGUUGACGUGAAUUUCGACACGAGCACGGACAGAGACACUUCCAGAUCACCGCCGGUGAUCACGAUUCACGAUAGCGACGAUCUCGAUAUAGCGGAAUCCAAACUGAUAGACGACAAUGUCAUAACUUCGGACAAUAAGGUUGAAAGCGACGCGAAAGAUCCUCACAACAAAAAAGGCGACAUGUCCGUCGCUGAUUUUAUAACUCAAUUAGCUUAUCACGAAAAGGCAACAAUAAGGCACAGACGGUACUGUAAUCUAUGCGAAAGAUGGUUCCCUACCACGUCGCGGCAUCGACGGCAUCUCGAUGGCUACCAACACCGUCACAUAGAAUUGACACAACGUCGAAGUAUUCAUGCGCUGUUUAUGCUGUUCACGGGGAAGCCUUGUCCCAGACUACCACCCGCAAAUGUUGUGCGAAAUGACUGCUCCGUUGGGGAAUUAACACCGUUACAAAUCGCGGUACAGGAUAUCACAAAAUGUUACGACCGUGCACAGCAAAGUCCUAAGAAGGAGAAUGAUAAAUAAUCUCGUAAGUUAUUUGAAUUAAGCUUACACACAGUUACUGUGAUCAUAAUAACGGCUUACAGUGCGAUCGUUUUUAAAAAAAAAAUAAAAAAAAAAAAAUUAUUUUUGGCGACAAACGAAAGAUGAUAACGAAUAAUUUCGCAGCUAAACACCGUACAUGAUUGAUAGUUGCUACUGUUAAUGGUGUCAUCAUCGCAAUUUUAAUUGCUAGGUAACAAACGCUUUAAAAAAAAGUUUGCUGAUUUAGCUACGUCAUCUGAUGACUGUCAUCAUUAACAGAGAGUUACCGGAAAACCAAUUCUAGCUCGCAAGAUUAGAUAUUUAGCCAAAGACUUUAGUAAAGCUGACUAAUAUACACACGUUCAAGAAAGAGAGGUAGAAAGAGAGAGAGAUAUAUAUAUAUAUUAUAUAUUACUUACACUUUUGAAAAGAAGGACUCUCUUUUUCUCUCUGAUCUUUUAUUUGUACAAAGUUUUACGAGUGAUUCAACCACUGAAUGUGCUCAUUGCGAAGUUUUAUUUAUAAAGAGAGACUAUAUAUAUAUAUACACACAUAUAUAUAUAUACACUAUAUAUAUAAUAUAUA